AAUAAAAAAAAAAUAAAAAAUUAUCAGUGAAAUAAAACAUAAAAAUCUAGCGUAAACGUAGUAAAAUACAAGCAAAAACACGUAAAACAAAAGAGUAUGAAAAAACCACUAGUGUAAAAACCAAAAACACACUUUCACAUUGUUUUCAAAGUGUGCUGUGCAAAACAACAGGUGAACUUUUCAACUUAAAUAUUAACCUGCGUCUCUGAGGCAAACAAGUACAAAGUUACUCAUACAAAUACAUAUAGACUCACGGCACAGCCACAAUCGAAGGUGUACUACAGCAAGCUUGUGAGUGCACAAAGUUGCAAUUCUUUCGGAAUCAUCAUCAUUUUGUGAAACAGUUUGACAGAGUUUGGCUUACUGAUAUUUCAAGAUUAACGCAGGAAACUACUUGAACGGAACGCUAAGUGGGUCGUCAACUCGCCAAAAUCAAUGCGAAAAGAGGAAAGGAGAGAGUAGAAAGAAAGAGAGUGAGUCCUGGUAGUAUUCCCGCAAAGUAAACUUUCGACAAACUGCCAAUAAAGUGAAACUUCUCGAACAAAAAAGAAAAAAUAGAAAAACAAAACACACAAAUUGUGCUUCAAUUCAACGGCACCGAGACGUCGGUCAUUUUGGAUCAAUCGCAGAGUACGACUUUGUUCCAAGUAACAGAAGAAGUGGAGUAGUAAAAGUAAAAAAAUUGUACAGUAUUUGAAGUAAUUAAAAUUUUUGUUACAAAAGUAAAAUCGGCGAAAGCUUUCGAAAAUCGGUUGAAGCUUUUGAAUUAAGACAAAGAAAAAAAUCAAAUGAAAUAAAUUUAAAAUAAAAAAAAUUGCGCGGCAAAACUUGUUCGUUUUAAAAUAGCAACAACAACAAGUAAAACGCAAACGCUAAAGAAAGAAAAAAGAAACGUAAACCAAUCUGAGAACUACAGACGAGACUGAAACGUGCGCGCUUGCAACGUUUGCUGGUGGCAAGUGGCAGCAUGAAAGGCUUGCUUGAGUCGUGCAGUGGCAGAAAGCAAUGAAAUAAUUAAUUCAUUGCACUUAAAAUUGCAGUUUUUAACUUGACUAACAAGAAAAUUGCAUUCUGUUCAAAAUAUAUCUAAAACUACAACAACAAACAGCAAAAAUAGUGAAUGAGUGACAGGAGAAGAAAAAAAACUGAAUUCGAAAUAAAAAAAAUAAAUAACAAAAGUGAAUAAAGACCAGAGCAGAGGCGAGUGUAGGAAAAGUUUGCGUGACAAAGUUGCAUUUAAAGCACCGAAUUGCGGAGUGGCAAAGGAGGAGAGAGCGAGAGAGAGAGGUGGCUAGGAGAGCAAGUGUUUAUAAAUCUUUCGUGGGUUAAGCCCAGCAUAAAUAAAAAUGACGUACACCGCUGGUAUACUGAAUUGCAUAAAAUCCCAAACGCAACAACAACCACAACAACAAAGAGUUGGAAAAUUUAUCGAAGUGAAGAACAAUCGUGUUAGCGAACGCGAAAAAAACGUCAUAACGAAAAGUUGUAAAUUCAUGUCAGCACAGCAACGUGCAACACACGCGCCCACCCUAACCCACCAUCAACAGAAACAGCUGCAACGAGAGGCACAAGAAUUGCGCACAGCUGACAGAUUAGUUGCUAGCAGUCAGUCAGUCACACGCACUGCAGAAUUUCAACUACACAACUCUACCACCUCCUCCAAUAUGGCUGAUGCUUGCAACUUGCCACACUUACUUGAUGUAGUGGAAAAUAAGAAGGCGACAAAUAUUAGCGUCGCUAUCUCUGCCAAUGCUACCAAUGCAAAUAUCGUCCAAACGCGGCGGCAGCAGGUGCAACACCAGCACCAGCAUGAACACCAACAGCAAACCUUCAUUCCCAACAAGCCGUUGAGCAACGACAACAAUUGCGAGAACAGCAGACAACAGCAGCAGCAGCAGCAACAACAACAACAGCAAAAGCAAGAGAAAACUUAUUGUCGCUAUGCACAAGUCUUCGCUGGCUACACACAGCUACUGAGCGUCAUGUUGUUGUUCGCAUCCCAUCAUUUUCCAAUUGUGUCGGCGUCAACUAGCUUGAUGAACAAGCAUGAACCUAUGUUUAUUUCACGUUCGGAGACAUUCAAAUUUGUCGCUGGCGAUACAAUAAGAUUGCCAUGUGAAGUUGCCAAUACAGAUCCCUAUGUCGUCGCUUGGAAACGUGGCAUCGCCAUUCUCACCGCUGGCAAUGUGAAAGUAACACCCGAUCCGCGUGUAUCUCGCGCCGAGAGAUUCAAUUUACAAAUCCGCGAUGCUGUGCCACAGGAUGCCGGCGAUUAUAUCUGUCAGAUAGCCACAAUGGAGCCACGUGAAAUCACACACACAGUCGAAAUAUUGGUGCCACCAAGGAUUCAUCACAUUAGCACCGGCGGACAUUUGCAAGUCAAAAAGGGCUCGUCAGUGCGUAUUGAGUGCUCGGCCUCCGGUAAUCCGACGCCGAAUGUUACUUGGAGUCGUAAAAAUAAUAUUUUGCCCAAUGGCGAAGAGAAGCUACACUCGCACAUCCUGUCAAUCGAGAAUGUCGACCGGCAUAAAGGCGGUGUCUACAUUUGCACAGCCAACAAUGGCGUCGGUCAACCAGCAUCCAGCCAAGUCGUCCUGCAUGUCCUGUAUCCACCUGAAAUCUCCGUUGAACGUCCCAUAGUUUUCUCUGGCGAAGGACACGAAGCUAUGCUGGUGUGCAUAGUUCAUGGAGAAACACAACCAGAGGUCCUUUGGUUCAAGGACACCAUGCAACUGGACACCACCGAACGUCACAUCAUGGAGAAUCGCGGCUCACGUCACACACUGAUUAUACGUAAGGUACAUCCACAGGACUUUGGUAAUUAUUCUUGUGUGGCUGAGAACCAGCUUGGUAAAGCACGAAAGACUCUACAAUUGAGCGGGAAACCAAAUAUAGCUGUCUUCAAUUCGCCGCCAAUCAGUCAGUACAAGGACAGAUACAACAUUUCUUGGACCGUCGACUCACACACGCCCAUUGAAGAGUACAAACUAUCCUUCCGAAGGUUGCCACAAGGACACGAGGUCGAUAACUCCAUCGAUACGCACACCGGCUCCUCCGCCUCCUCCUCAACGCUUCUGCAGAUGUACGGUGGUGGAGGUGGUGGUGGCAUUGGCAGUAUGGGUAGCCAUCAAAAUCAUCGCAGCGGCGUGGGCGCCGGUCUCAGCAGCUAUGGCAAUGUGAUGCAUUGGGGUCGCAACGAUUGGCGUGAUGUGGUGUUGGCAGCGAUGCCAUUGUCACAUCAUUACACACAGGGGAUGAGUUAUAUGAUACGCGGCUUGGAUCCCGACCAGCAUUAUGAGGCCACCGUGCAAGCGAGGAAUCGUUACGGUUGGAGUGACUUGACGCACAGCUUCCUCUUUUCAACAUCUUCGAAUGAUGGACUUAUUGAUCUAUCAUCUUUUCUAAAUCACGGUUCGUCAGAUAAUGAGAUGCGUGAUCUGAGUGUAACCUUUUAUGGCAGCGGCGCCACGCAUAAACUCCGUUUAAGCCUCUCCACACUUACAUGCGCGAUUUUGAUUUUAUUGAAGCUCAACAAGUGCUUUUGGGUCUAAGCUACGCAGACCCAUGUAAUGCAUUUGGGUAAAAA